UUCGUUGUAUCGACGCUUGACGAUUUGGUCAAACUAAUUUGUAUUUGUAUACUAUUCAAUCCGCCACAAAUUGGUUUCAUGGGUGCUUUUUAAGACUUUGUAUUAUUUGUAAAACAUAAAUUGCAACCAUGUCUGGCUAUAACCAAGGCCACUACGAAGAUGGUUACAGCCAUCAAGGCCACGGUGACGGCUAUUACCAAGAUGAGCAUGGCUAUUACGACCAGAAUGACUAUUCUCACUACGGAGAUGGAUACUAUGACCAGAGUGGUUACGGUGAACACCAGGGUGGAGGCUAUUAUGAAGGUGGUGGCCAUGACAACUACUAUAAUGACCAAUACUACGACCAAGGCCAUAGUGGACACCAAGACUACCCCCAGGGUGGACGCGGCCGUCGCCGCAAUGGGGAUUCUGAAGAGGACUCUGAAACGUUCAGUGAUUUCACUAUGAGGUCGGAGACUGCCAGAGCUGCCGAUAUGGACUAUUACGGACGCGGAGACGAACGCUACAAUAGCUACAAUGAGAGCCAAAUGGGAGGUAAUGGGUACGGCUACCGUCCACCAUCCUCUCAGAUCUCAUAUGGUGGAAAUCGCUCGUCUGGUGCUUCAACCCCAGUCUACGGCAUGGACUACGGAAAUGCACUCCCAGCUGGUCAACGUUCUCGCGAGCCUUACCCAGCUUGGUCCUCGGAUGCUCAAAUCCCGCUGUCGAAGGAAGAAAUCGAGGACAUUUUCCUGGAUCUCGUCAACAAAUUUGGGUUCCAGCGGGACAGCAUGAGGAACAUGUACGACCAUCUGAUGACGUUGCUCGACUCUCGUGCCUCUCGUAUGACUCCCAACCAGGCUCUUCUGUCCCUUCAUGCAGACUAUAUUGGUGGUGACAAUGCCAACUAUCGCCGCUGGUAUUUCGCGGCUCAUCUGGACCUGGACGAUGCUGUCGGCUUCGCUAAUAUGAACUUGGGCAAGGCUGAUCGUAGAACACGUAAAGCUCGCAAGGCUGCAAAGAAGGCAGCGCAGCAAAACCCAGAAAAUGAACAGGAAACCUUGGAAGCUUUCGAAGGCGACAACAGCUUGGAAGCCGCUGAAUACCGGUGGAAAUCACGGAUGAAUCGAAUGUCUCAACACGAGCGCACUCGCCAGCUAGCUUUGUACUUGCUAUGUUGGGGUGAAGCCAAUCAAGUUCGUUUCACCCCAGAGUGCCUGUGCUUUAUUUUCAAGUGUGCAGACGACUUCUUGAACACCCCAGAGUGUCAAAACCGAGUCGAACCUGUCGAAGAAGGCAGCUAUCUCAACAACGUUAUCACUCCCAUUUAUCAGUAUCUCCGCGAUCAGGGCUAUGAGAUCCUCGAUGGCAAGUACGUUCGUCGCGAGCGCGACCACAGUCAAAUCAUUGGCUAUGAUGAUGUGAAUCAACUCUUCUGGUAUCCUGAAGGUAUCGAGCGCAUCAUCCUGGAAGACAAAACGAGACUCGUUGAUAUUCCCCCAGCUGAGCGAUGGGACAAGCUCAAAGAUGUCAACUGGAAGAAGGUCUUCUUCAAAACGUACAAAGAAACUCGUUCUUGGUUCCAUUUGAUCACCAACUUCAACCGAAUCUGGGUGAUCCAUUUGGGUGCUUUCUGGUUCUUCACGGCCUACAACUCUAUGCCUAUUUACACCCUGGACUAUCAGCAGCAAGCGAACAACCAACCUCCCGGCUCCUACAAGUGGUCAGCUGUUGCCCUUGGUGGUGGUGUUUGUACAUUGAUCCAGAUUUUCGCUACCCUGGCUGAAUGGGCCUAUGUUCCACGCAGAUGGGCCGGAGCUCAGCACCUAACCAAACGUCUUAUGUUCUUGCUCGUUGUCUUCGCAAUCAAUGUUGGCCCUAGUGUCUACGUUUUCUUCGUCUCAAAGGAAAAAGGACACGAUACGGUCUCCCUAGCCCUGGGAAUCGUCCAGUUUUUCAUUGCCCUGGCCACGUUCUUUUUCUUCUCAAUCAUGCCUCUCGGCGGCUUGUUUGGCAGUUACAUGAAGAAGAGCACCCGGCAAUAUGUCGCAAGCCAGACGUUCACUGCCAGCUUCCCUGCUUUGACUGGCAAUGGUAUGUGGAUGUCAUAUGGCCUCUGGGUCUGCGUCUUCGCUGCCAAAUUGGUUGAGUCGUACUUCUUCCUUACCCUAUCUUUCAAGGACCCCAUUCGCAUUUUGUCUCCCAUGAAGAUUCGCAACUGUAUUGGCGACACAUACAUUCCAAACGUACUCUGCAAAUCUCAACCUCAGAUUUUACUUGGUCUGAUGUUCUUCACCGAUUUGACACUCUUCUUUCUGGAUAGUUAUCUCUGGUACAUCAUCCUCAAUACCGUGUUCUCUGUAGCACGAUCUUUCUACCUUGGUGUUUCAAUCUGGAGUCCUUGGAGAAACAUCUUCUCGCGCCUACCCAAGCGUAUCUAUUCUAAGGUACUUGCGACAACGGAUAUGGAGAUCAAGUAUAAGCCGAAAGUUUUGAUUUCCCAAGUUUGGAAUGCUAUCGUCAUCUCGAUGUACCGCGAGCAUCUUCUGGCUAUCGAUCAUGUGCAGAAACUUCUCUAUCACCAAGUCCCCUCUGAACAGGAAGGCAAGCGCACUCUUAGAGCUCCCACCUUCUUCGUUUCGCAGGAAGACCACUCUUUCAAGACUGAAUUUUUCCCAUCUCAGAGCGAAGCUGAACGUCGUAUCUCUUUCUUUGCCCAGUCUCUGUCGACACCAAUCCCGGAGCCUCUACCUGUUGACAACAUGCCAACUUUCACUGUUUUGGUCCCCCACUACAGCGAGAAGAUUCUCUUGUCUCUCCGUGAGAUUAUCAGAGAAGACGAACCAUAUUCACGCGUGACAAUGUUGGAAUACCUCAAACAGCUUCAUCCUCAUGAGUGGGAUUGCUUUGUCAAGGAUACUAAGAUUCUUGCUGACGAGACCUCGCAAUUCAACGGUGAAUAUGACAAGACCGAGAAGGAUGCCGCCAAGAGUAAGAUCGACGAUCUGCCAUUCUACUGUAUUGGUUUCAAGUCAGCUGCGCCUGAGUACACCUUGCGCACUCGUAUUUGGGCCUCUCUGCGAUCUCAAACCUUGUAUCGUACAAUUUCCGGAUUCAUGAAUUACAGUCGUGCCAUCAAGCUGUUGUACCGUGUUGAAAACCCCGAAGUUGUCCAAAUGUUCGGUGGCAACUCGGAUAAACUCGAACGUGAAUUGGAGAGAAUGGCUCGUCGAAAGUUCAAGAUCUGCGUUUCCAUGCAACGAUAUGCAAAAUUCAACAAAGAGGAGCGUGAAAACACCGAGUUUCUCCUUCGAGCCUAUCCCGAUUUGCAGAUCGCGUACUUGGACGAGGAACCCCCGGUAAACGAAGGCGAGGAACCCCGGCUCUACUCAGCAUUGAUUGACGGUCAUUGUGAACUCCUUGAGAGUGGUACACGCAAGCCAAAAUUCCGCGUUCAGCUUUCAGGAAACCCCAUUCUUGGAGAUGGCAAGUCUGACAAUCAAAAUCACGCUAUCAUCUUCUAUCGUGGUGAAUACAUUCAGUUGAUUGACGCCAACCAAGACAACUACCUCGAGGAAUGUUUGAAGAUUCGCAGUGUCCUCGCCGAAUUCGAAGAAAUGACUACUGACAAUGUGUCGCCUUAUACUCCCGGCCUUCCAACGCCCAAAACAAAUCCGGUUGCCAUUCUUGGUGCUCGAGAAUACAUUUUCUCUGAGAACAUUGGCAUUCUCGGCGACGUUGCUGCUGGUAAGGAACAGACGUUCGGUACCUUGUUUGCUCGUACCCUCGCAGAAAUUGGCGGUAAACUUCAUUAUGGUCACCCUGAUUUUCUCAACGGUAUCUUCAUGACUACCCGUGGUGGUGUCUCUAAGGCUCAAAAAGGUCUCCACCUAAACGAAGAUAUUUAUGCCGGUAUGAACGCUAUUCUCCGUGGUGGUAGGAUCAAGCAUUGCGAGUACUUCCAGUGUGGUAAAGGUCGUGAUCUGGGUUUCGGUUCUAUUCUCAACUUCACAACCAAGAUUGGUACUGGUAUGGGCGAACAAAUGUUGUCUCGUGAAUACUAUUAUCUCGGCACCCAGCUCCCUCUUGAUCGUUUCCUCUCUUUCUACUACGCUCACCCAGGUUUCCAUGUCAACAAUAUGUUCAUCAUGUUGUCGGUGCAAAUGUUUAUGAUUACGAUGAUCAACUUGGGCGCUCUGCGUCACGAAACAAUCCUUUGUCGCUACAAUUCAGAUGUUCCAAUUACCGAUCCACUGAUGCCCACUGGCUGUGCAAAUCUGGUGCCUAUCACCGACUGGGUCAACCGUUGUAUUGUUUCCAUCUUCAUUGUGUUUUUCAUCUCUUUCGUACCCCUGGUCGUCCAAGAAUUGACGGAACGUGGUUUCUGGCGUGCUGCUACUCGACUUGCUAAACAAUUCGGCUCUUUGUCCUUCAUGUUCGAGGUGUUUGUCUGUCAAAUCUACGCCAACUCCAUUCAAACGGAUCUUUCGUAUGGCGGUGCAAGAUACAUUGGUACAGGUCGUGGUUUCGCAACUGCCCGCAUUCCUUUCGGCGUUCUUUAUUCACGUUUCGCUGGCCCUUCCAUUUAUCUUGGAGCUCGUUCGCUCCUCAUGCUUCUCUUUGCUACCGCUACCAUGUGGACAGCGGCUUUGAUUUGGUUCUGGGUUUCGCUGCUCGCUUUGUGUAUCUCCCCAUUCUUGUUCAAUCCCCACCAAUUCGCCUGGAACGACUUUUUCAUUGAUUAUCGUGACUACCUCAGAUGGCUUUCUCGUGGAAAUUCAAGGUCCCACAACUCUUCUUGGAUCGCCUUCUGUCGUCUUUCCCGAACUAGAAUCACCGGCUACAAGCGCAAGGUUCUCGGUGUUCCCUCCGAAAAGCUCUCGGGUGAUGUUCCUCGCGCUCGCAUUACCAAUAUUUUCUUCAGCGAAAUCUUGGGCCCAUUAGUACUGGUUGCAGUUACCUUGAUCCCCUACCUAUACAUCAACGCUCGAACUGGAGUACUGUAUACGGACACAAAGACAUCUUCGCUCCUGCGUGUUGGAAUUGUGGCCUUCGCCCCAAUCGGUGUCAACGCUGGCGUAUCUGCAGUUAUGUUCGGAAUGGCUUGCUGCAUGGGUCCCGUUUUGAGUAUGUGUUGCAAGAAGUUCGGAUCUGUUCUCGCUGCCAUCGCCCACGGUGUUGCAGUUGUAAUGCUGCUUGCCAUUUUCGAGGUCAUGUUCGUCUUGGAAAACUUCAACUUCCCACGUUGUGUCCUUGGAAUGAUUGCUAUGGCCGCUAUUCAGCGAUUCAUUUAUAAACUCAUCAUCUCCCUGGCACUGACGAGAGAAUUCAAGCAUGACCAGUCAAACAUCGCUUGGUGGACUGGAAAAUGGUACAACAUGGGCUGGCACUCUAUGUCUCAACCUGGCCGCGAGUUCCUUUGCAAGAUUACCGAACUCGGCUACUUUGCGGCAGACUUCGUCUUGGGCCAUAUUCUUCUCUUCCUGAUGCUACCUGCUAUCUGCUGUCCGUAUAUUGACAAGUUCCAUUCCGUUAUCCUCUUCUGGUUGCGACCUAGGUAAGUUCCUUAUAUUUCGUCAUGAUCUUGAAUUUAUUCUCUAACCUGGUUUAGCCGACAAAUCCGCCCCCCUAUCUAUUCUCUGAAGCAAUCGAAGCUUCGAAAACGCCGCGUCAUUCGUUAUGCGAUCUUAUACUUUGUGUUGCUCGUCAUUUUCAUUCUCCUUGUUGCUGGU